UCCCUUGUACCACCUCCUUCUCCUCCCUUUCUAUCGUCAUUCCUUGCUCUCCAAGUAACUCGAAGAAAAAAUAAUUUUUUUUUCACAAAAUAGUUAAGAGGGAGUGAGAGAUAGGAGAAACAGCUCUGACCUGUGUGGGGGAAAUCUCCGCCGAUCUAGGCUUAGGGUUUUGUUGCGUCUCCGGAGACCGGAAGGCCGGUUGAUGAGAUCUCGCCGCCGAGAGAGGAGGGGAGGAUGAGCUGCAAUGGCUGCCGAAUUCUCCGGAAGGGGUGCAGCGAGGCCUGCAUUCUCCGGCCGUGUCUCCAGUGGAUCGAGAGUCCCGAGGCCCAGGGGCAUGCCACUGUCUUCGUCGCCAAAUUCUUCGGCCGCGCCGGCCUCGUGUCUUUCAUCUCCGCCGUCCCCGAGCCCCAGCGUCCUGCUUUGUUCCAGUCGCUGCUGUUCGAAGCGUGCGGGCGGACGAUCAACCCGGUGAACGGCGCCGUGGGGCUGCUGUGGAGCGGGAACUGGCACCUCUGCUGGGCGGCUGUGGAGACGGUGCUCCGCGGCGGGACGCUCCGGCCGCUGCCGGACCUCGACGAUGCCGCGGAGGCCGGUCUCUAUGCCCGGCCGAGGGCGGCGGCGUGGUCCUCCGCGGUCAAGUGGCGAAAGGCCGCCCCCACCAACAACGUGCCGGCGCCGCCCUGCGAUCUGGACCUCUGCCUGACGCCCCGGUCCCCGGCCGCGGCGCGGGAGGAGAAGCAGCUGAGGCCGGAGACGCCGUCGAUGACGUCCGAGGGGUCCGUGACGACGAGCGGCGAGAGCGGCGGCGAUCGCCAGCCACGCCUCCUCAACCUCUUCGUCUGAGACGAGAUUUUGAUCGGAAUUAUGUCGGUGGUCCACAACCUCUUCGUCUGAGAUGAGAUUUCGAUCGGAGUUAUGUCGUUGCUGUGGGGGUUUCGAUGCCCCGGUGAAAAUUUUCGAGUUCCUAUUGGUAGUCGGCUGGGCUUUUUAUUUGGCUGUCUUCUUAUUUUUCCUCUUGUAAGCGGUGACUGUACCGCUCUUUUCCCCUGACUAUGAAGUGUAUUAUCCCUAAUUAAAUUAAAUAAAUAAAAACCUUUUAUUUUA